AUGAACACAACAAUCUAUAAUCAAUUACUUGUUCAAAUAGUAGAAAAUCAAUUUGGUAAAUUUGUUGGACAAAUAACAAAAUGUUUAUUAGUUAAACCAUCAACCAUUUUUGAUUUAUGGAGACAAUGUCAUCAGCCAUAUUCAAAAAUGUAUGAAGCACUUUUUGUGUUACUUCAUCACAGUAUAUUGAAAUAUUCAAACGAAGAGCCAGUAAUUAUUUCUAUUGAUCAAAACCGUAUAUUAUUUUCAUUACGCCACUCACAUUUUAUUGCAUUAAUGCAACAAAAAUUUGGGGAAUUAGCUAAAGAAAUUUCAACAACAUUGAUUACAUACGGUAUGCUCAAUUUUGAAGAUAUAUUUGCUGUUCUUCAAUCAAAGAAUAUUGAUGUAAAAGAAAAUGAUUUAAAAAUUGUGUUUGAUGAAAUGGUUAAAGAGAAAUAUAUUACUCGAGUAAAUAAAAAUGUUGUUGAUUUAGUUCAAUUAGAACGUACAAGUACUCCAGCGCCAUCGUUUUCUACUGUAAAACAAAAUGAGAAUGUUAGAAGAAAAGGAAUAAGAAAAAGAGGAAAAGUUGAUGUUGUUACUGAAAAUCCUAUUCCUAAAAAAGUUAAGGUUGGAAUUGAUUUAAAGGCACAAACAAGUAUAAAUUCUUCUACAAAGGUUGAAGAUUCUGAUAAUAGUCAACCAGUUUGGACAGUGAAUAUUGAAGUUUAUAAUAAAGAAACUAUCUUAUAUAAAUUGUUAGAUUUAGUUAAUAAGAAAUUCGAUAAUAAAGCUGUUCCAAUUAUUGAAAAAAUGUGGGAUUUAUCUGCAUAUGGUAAAACUCCUGUUGAUUUUGCUAUUUUGUGUCAAAACUUAAGAGAGAUAGCACCUGAAACAAUUAGAAAAUAUCUUGAAAUGAUGAGUAGAGAUGAACCUUUUAUUAUUGCAAAAAAUCAAUCAGCAUUUGUUAGUGAUACUAAUAGUUUUAAAUUACAGGUGGAUGCUGCAACAGCAUUUUUAAAGGGGGUUAUGAUUGAGUCAUGUAUUCAAUCAAAAUUUGGAGUUAUUGGAGCAAGUAUUCAUAGAGUAUUAAAAAUAAAACAUAUUCUAACUGAUUCUCAAAUAGCUGAUUUAUUAAUUGGAGAAGGAGACGAAGUUAAACGAGGAUUAUAUCAAAUGCACCAAGCAGGAUAUAUCAAUGGACAAGAAGUUCCUAAAUCAAAUAUAAGAGGUGGCAAGAAUUCAUAUUAUAUGUGGUCUAUUAAUUUUUCACAAAUCAAUGCCAUUUUAUUAAGUGAAACAGCAAAAUCAUUGAUGAAUACAAUGGAUCGAUUAAAGUUAGAAAUAUCAUCAAAAUCUGCGUUAAUAGCAAAAUAUAAUGAAGGAGUAGAAAUUGGUCAAAUAUUAUUAAAUGAAGAAGAAAAUGAAGAAUAUAUGAAUUUAGAUAGAAGACAAAAAAUGCUAUUAGAUGGGUUGUAUUACCUUUCUGGUCUAUUCUUCUGUUUGAAAGAUUAUUAA